AUGGGUUCAGAAAGUUUAAGCCAUAGAUUUUUAGCUGAAGAUCCAACAUACAAAGGCAAAUCACCAUAUGCAUCAAAAAGUGACGAUAAGAAAUCAGCAUCUCACCACUCGGUGUCUCAUACAUCUGGAACACAUCCUGUAGCAUUAAGUAACGGUCCAAAAUCUUCAUCUCCACCAACAGCAUCAAAAAUCAAAUAUAAAUAUAAAUCACAUCCCAAAUAUAUAAAAUUAUACAAAGUUUAUAAAAAACAAUUAGCUCAUAUGGAAACGACCGUCAAUGCAAUUGAUUCAUUAUCAAAAUCACCAUCUACUAAUCAAAAUCAAAUACUUUCAUCAAUAAAAAAAACGUAUUGA